UGCCCUUCUCAGAGACACUGGCACAGGAAGAAAGAGAGCAGAACUGGGACGCAAGCAUAAAUGGGACGAGUCAGAUACCUUGGAGGUGAAGUCCUCUGUCUGCUCUCUGCAAAUGCUGUCUUUUUGUUGGAAUACAGCUGGAUCUGAUGGAGGAAAACGAAAUGGAAGAAUAAUUCAGUGGGGAUACAUAGUAAUAGUAACAACAACAGAGCCUUUCAGAAGUGGACAGAGACAGAAGGAAACACUUAAAACUCUGAGGAGGAACAACAUGUGACUGUUUGACAUCAGCAGAACAACAGGACUGCUGUCGUUCUUGUAAAUUAGACACAGUUUAACCAUUUUACAGAGUUUUCACAUCUGUUGUUUCAACUUUGUACACAAGGAUGAAGUUCAAUAGCAUAUCUAAGCUCUGUAUAUGGAUGAGUGUGUGUUUCUCUUUUUCCCUCGGGUUGCCCCCUCAGCACCGUGGGUGGCUGCGGCUGUGGGAGGAAGGCGACAGCUGUGGGGAGUGCAACAAGCACCUCUGUCCCCUGGUCUCUGUCUGCCCUGCAGGUCGGGUUCAGGAUGCCUGUGGAUGCUGUGAGCAGUGUGGUAAUGUUGAGGGGCAGCAGUGUGACCCAGAUGGGGCUCAGAAGUUCUAUGGUAGCUGUGGAGAGGGCCUGGUCUGCCAGAAGAAAAUACCAAAGAUGAGACACAGGGGUGAUCCAGAACCUAUCUGUGUAUGUGAGGAAAAAGGCCAUGUGUGUGGUUCAGAUGGAUGGACAUACCUUAAUGUUUGUCAGAUGAAAGAGACCGCCAGCAGCCUUAACACCACCCUCAAGCUUGUGGAAAGGGGUCCCUGCCACUCAGCUCCCCACAUUUUCAAGGCGCCGAGAAACCUUUCAAAGUACAUCGGAAGUGAUGUCGUGUUUGGGUGCGAGGUCUCAGCUUACCCUCUUCCAUACUUGAGCUGGAGGAAGAAAGGACAUGACAACUCUCUGCCAGGAGAUGAUCCUCACAUCUCUGUUCAGACUCGAGGAGGGCCCCAGCGCUACAGUGUCUCCACCUGGCUACAGAUACUGGGUCUUCAUGUCUCAGAUGCAGGGAUCUACUCUUGCAUCUCCCACAAUGCCUUGGGAGAAAUGUUUGCAGAAGCAAAGCUCACAGUAUUGAAGCACGGGAUAAAGGAACAUGUUGAGGAGGAACUGGAACACUUUGAUUAUCUGAAAGAAGGCAGUGGUGAUGGACAAGUGGCAACGGAAAACUUGCUUUGAUUCACUUUAGUCAAUUGUUACAAUUGUUACAAUUAUUACAAUUGCCUGUAAACAAAGAUGUAUAAAGAGAAAAAGUCUGUAUACUAAGAUAAAGAAUCAGCU